AUGGCUUAUUUCUUGCUGAAAUUUUCACUGAUACAUUUGUUCAUUUCUUAUACAUUCUGCUAUGGGUACGCAGAACUCGAACUACUGCUAAAACUGAAGGCGUCUUUGGUUGGACCUAGGAGCUCAGCCCUUGAAGACUGGAAACAAUCUUCAUCUCCAACAUCACAUUGCUUGUUUUCAGGGGUCUCAUGUGACAUGAGCUCUCGAGUAAUCGGUCUAAACAUCUCAUGUGUGCCUCUAUAUGGUUCAAUCCCACCUGAAAUCGGACAGUUUAGCCAGCUGAAAACUCUGAUUCUAACAGGUACUAAUCUGUCAGGCAGUCUUCCACAGGAAGUAGCAAACUUAUCGACGUUGCAAUUCCUUAACAUCUCAAACAACAACAUAAGUGAGCAGUUGCAUUCAAUUAUGUUCAGCAAAAUGACUCAGCUAGAAGUCAUGGGUGUCUACAAUAACAACUUCUCCGGGCCACUACCUACAGAGCUCGCGAGCCUUAAGAAACUGAAGCAUCUGGAUCUUGGAGGAAAUUACUUCUCAGGUGAGAUUCCAUCUCAAUACUCAGAGAUCCAAGGCUUGGAGUACUUAGGCUUGAAUGGUAAUGCACUGACUGGUAAGCUUCCUUCGAGUUUAUCACAUUUGUCGAAACUCAAGUUCUUGUAUGUAGGCUAUUUCAACACAUACAAUGGAGGUAUACCUAAUGAGUGGGGUUUCAUACGAUCACUUCGAGUUCUUGAUGCUGCUACAUGCAACCUUAAUGGCAGUAUUCCUGUAACUUUAAGUCACCUGAGUGAAUUAGACACUCUUUUCCUGCAGAAAAACAACAUUACAGGUCAUAUACCAGCUGAAUUUGGUGAUUUAGCCAAUUUGAGAAACCUUGAUCUUUCGUCUAAUUCACUCACAGGUAUGAUUCCUGAAAGUUUUUCACAGCUAAAGAAGCUUGAAUGGCUGAACCUAUUUUCGAACAAAAUGAAUGGUCCGAUCCCUUAUUCUAUCUCUGAGCUUCCUAGGCUUACAAGAUUUCAGGUAUGGAACAACAACUUCAAUAGUCAACUACCUAAAAAUCUAGGCCAGAAUGGAAAACUCGAAACGGUUGAUGUAUCAGGCAAUCAAAUUACAGGUCAAAUUCCAAAACAGCUAUGCAAAGGAAGAAGACUAGAGUACCUUAUAUUGUUUGGGAAUUCUUUUACUGGUCCUAUCCCUGAAGAGCUAGGAAACUGCAAGACCUUGGUUCGAGUAAGAUUAGCAACAAACUCGUUAAAUGGUUCGAUUCCCUCUGGAGUAUUGAACCUGCCAAGGGCUAAUAUGAUUGAUCUUAGUCACAACAACUUGGUUGGUGAACUUCCCCUGUAUAUUACAGGAAAUUCCCUCCAAACUCUAGACCUUUCGAGCAACUCCAUCACCGGAAGUAUUCCUCCAUCUAUUCAGAAGUUGGUUAGUUUACAGAAACUCUUUCUUGGAAGAAAUAACUUGUCAGGAAACAUUCCUGAUGAGUUAUUCAAUCUGAAAAGCAUAUCGAUCAUCGAUGUAAAAGACAACUACAUAACUGGGGAGAUACCGAAAUCUGUAGGAAAUUGCUCCUGUCUGAUGUCCUUAGAUAUCAGCAACAAUCACCUUAGUGGAAGAAUCCCACAUGAAAUUUCAAAACUGAAGAUUUUGAGCAGUCUGAAUCUGUCAGAAAACCAUUUGAGUGGUGAAAUUCCUACUGACAUGCAGAAUAUGACUAGCUUAGUGACACUUGAUCUUUCAUAUAACAACUUGUCAGGUAGAAUUCCAUCUGAAGGACAGUUUGCUCUCUUCAAGGCGGAUUCAUUUACCGGUAAUCCAAAUCUCUGCUCCCCAUCUAAGAGUUUCAGUUAA